AUGUCGGAGAACCAGGGAAAGAUCAUCACCAAGGCGCAAUUGGCCGAGCACGCCUCUCACAAGAAUCUCUGGAUCGUCAUUUCCGGUCAGGGUGAGUUUGAAGGGGACGAGAGCACCUCUUCUGCGUUGCGCAGACUAGGCUGCACGGCUCCUGCUCUGCAGACGACAUCAUUCAUACACUGCUGAAGGUUUUCGCAUGCGCCGCGGAGAUGCGUAUGCGUUGGUUGCAAGGACGUUGGCAAGCGGUGCGAAUGAAGUGCCACUUCGCUUUCCGAGACGCCAUGUGCACUCUUCAAAUGCCUGCUGGUGGAGACUGUGGUCACUGUGGCCUGCCUUAGUCGGCAGGAUGUCUUGCUAGCUCGCUCUCGCUAUCAGCCCUUCGCCUUUGACACCUGCGCAUCCAUUUCAAGAAGCCAAUUAUGCUGACUUGUCCCUCCCUAUCCGCUCAAUGGCAGUGUACGACGUUUCCAAAUUCAUGGACGAGCAUCCAGGCGGAGACGAGGUUUUGCUCUGCGAGGCGGAGAAGGAUGCUACUGAGGCUUUCGAGGAUGUAGGACACAGUGACGAUGCUAGGGCUCUGCUGCCACCCAUGCUCGUCGGCGAAAUCGAAGGCGGAGGCGAGGUGAGUUCGCCCGACAAGGGCGAGGGAGCGAUAGCGAGAUGAGCACACGGUGCUCGUGUUGGUAUCACGUUAUGCGCUUCGUUUGGCGCCUAUAGGUAAGCACGCACUGACGACUCUCGAUCCCGGAUUACAUCUUCAGGCCGCGAAACCCAAGGUGCAGGUUUCUCCUGUCAACAAGGACCCCACCUCGGUCACCAACAGCAACCCUCUGUUCAUGUUCGCUCCAUUGCUCGUCCUGGGCGUUUGGGUCGCAUACAAGUACAGCUCUUGAGCGGCUUUUGACCUGGCAGUAGACGAGCGCACAGCGCCUCGAAGUUCGCUUUUGACAUUCUCAUCCUUUUUGGUUGCUCUGCUAUUCUAAUUGCAGUCCUUUAGCAUCACGCAGGCGAUUGCAAUUCGAACAUUCACUCAGUCACUCGAGAUGGGCGCCCGGUUACUGGGCGUGUCCAGUUUGUUAUUCGAAAGCCAAGCGUUGGAGGGCCUAACGCGAUGAAGCUCCGUUUUGGCCGGGCUGCGCAGACUGGGGGAUCUCACUAUGCAAGUCUACGACUUUCAGUUUGAUGUGGUUUGUUAGGGUUGCGCCCUUUUGUCGGGAACGGAGCUGAGCCGUGACAGUCUCCCAAUCGUCAAUGCUUGGUGCGCGCCUCUUGGUCGAGUAGGUCCUGAUGGCUUCUUUAUUGCGAACGAGUGACGCUUCUGUUCAAAGCCGGCAAGGGACGCAUGCUCUUAAUGAUCCUGACACAGUCCGACCGGUCAACAGAAUUGUGAGCCGCAAGCGAAUCAGGAUCGGGACCGCGGGAAUCAAGGGUACAAAUCUGGCUUGCUACACUUGACGGUCAAGCCGCCGCGGAGAGCCAUGCAUCACACUCACGACUCGUAAGCCAAAAGCCGCUAGCAUAGCUGGAUAGAGCUCUGGAGAGACCUCAUCCCGCGGGUGCGUCAAACCUCCGCGGGCAUCGUGUUCACUCAAACUGUUCUCCUCCGUGAGUGAGCAUACGCACUCACCACUCACGACUGCAUUCACGAAAUUCGUGCUUUGUGAGUCGUGAUCCCUUCAGAACUUCAAACUCGCAAUAAGCACCUUGCGACGUCAAGUCAAGUACCAAAAAAGAUGUACGCGCGACUUUUGAUUGACGGUGCUUGCACUGCACUUUUCCCACGUGGCCAAGUCAAGUCAGGCACAGGAAGAAGAUCGCAGGUGCAUGCUGCAUACAGUACAUGAAAACCACGAAUAAUUCACGAUCACAUGCUACCGAUGAAGCCGACCUGGCCUGGCUGCGCGGUGAUGCAUGCACGGUCCGCGAUGCUCGAUGUAGAACUCACGACUUCGACUUUAUUUCUGUGGCUGCGCACGCACAUAGCUGCUCGCUUCACCCCACCUUUGUUGUGAGAGUCACUCUGAACCGCGAAUGUACCAACGCACCUCCUCGAUCCUCAGCGGUCAGUCGAUAAACCAUAUCCGUCGCCAUCGAAGGGCUCAUCGGGCUUGCGCGUGUAAGCUUCUCCCCGCGCAUUGAUCGUCUGCUGCAGAGAAGCGCACCACUAAGGACAUCGCUUCGACAGCAUCGCAGACGCUCCGGACUAGGCAAAGAGAAUCCACUCGUCCUUGCGAUGAGAGGCACUGCCAGCAUCGCUAGCCUGACAGGCAGACCAACACGACUAGCCUGGUCCCGCGACUCGACUUCAGCGACCAGGAACUGCUGCUGCCGAUACUUUCCCGUCCAAGGCUUGCCGUGGUCCCGACGGGUGGCUGUUUCCAGACAAAGCAUUCACACAACUGGCCGUCCUCUGUCUUCUCCGUCCUCUUCACCUCCCGGCUCUCCAGGCCCGUCGAAUUCAAACGGUGCUAAUCUCUCCGGAUCCUCCAGCGGUGCCUCUCAGCCACAGCCUGUCGACAUCCGAGCUCGGCAACGGAAACAGACGCGACAGCGAGAGUGGACAGCGGUAGCAGUGGCGGGUGGAGUAGCAACAGCAGGUGCUUGGUACUUGUGGGCAUCUCGCAAAGCUUCAAAGUCCUCUGCCUCUACCAACGCGUCCCCGACUCAGAGCACCACAAGCAGAGUCUUUUCGCUCUCUGCUCAUCCUACACCAGUCAGCUUCUCUAUUCCAGUUAGAGGCCCUGAAGGCCUCACCAGCAGGAUCAUCACUGCACUCACUCCUGCAGAGGUGGAGCGGAGACUUCGCCUCAACGAAUGCUCCACAGUCUUGUGCGACCGAGGAGGGGCAGUCGAUCCAACCUCAACCAGCUCUCAAACCUCCGCAGACCCACCGGCAUGCAGCAUCGCCCGUUAUGAUACCAACUUUGUGGCUUCAAACGAUCCCAUCGAAGAUCGGCACGCUGAAGCGGUGGUUAGGAGAGAUACGCAAAUAGCUGGACAAGGCACCGCAGCUGUGAACGGUGAUUUCGGAAGCCUCGGAUUCUUCACGAUUAUGGAUGGUCAUGCUGGGUGGUACACAAGCGAACUCCUCAGCAAGCAGGUGAGUCAAGCUGCUCAAUUCAGAGGCGCAUUCCUUCUAGUAUCUGACGCGGCCCCGAGACUCGCUUUGCUCACCUAAUGCUGUCCCAACGCAGCUCAUCGCAGCAGUUGCGGCAGAACUUGAUGCAGUGUUCCGAGCGUCUGGUCCUUACGCCUCUAUUGCGGCCUCCAAAGCUGCACUUCCCGCCAAGGCUUGGAGGGCGCUGUUUGGUUCCUCCUCCGCAUCAGAAGAUGGUGUUGCAAAUGACACAGCUCUGGACGCUGAUCCCAGAAUCAUUGCUGGAGCAUUGCAAGCCGCUUUUGUCAGGCUAGACAAGCACAUCGUAGACACGCCGGUAAGGUUGCUGAGGCAGUACGAAGUAGCUAGAGCAGCAUCCUUGAAAUCUGGCGCCGUAGAUGACUUGGGUAGCGCUCCGUCUGGAACUAGCGCGGUCCAGCCCCAAAGGAGUCUCUCUGCGCUCGCUGGAUCCUUGUUCGGCAUGACGGGCGGAUUGGGACCCAAGGCCGAGCCUAGCCCCGAAGCUGACGGAGCUGCAGCACUGAGAAAGGCGGGAUACGAGGCGCUCCUACCUGCUGCUUCUGGAUCUUGCGCACUGCUUACCUAUGUGGACGGAGCAAGAGGUGAUGUCUAUGUUGCUUGUACGGGAGAUUCUAGAGCUGUUGCUGGGUGGUGGGAUGAGAAGGCGCAAAAGUGGGAGAUCGAAGCGCUCUCUACAGAUCAGACGGGCAGGAAUUUGGCAGAAGUGAGGCGGUGAGUGUCAAGGAAGUCCGGCUUCACUGCCAAGAUGCUUGCCGAACAUGGUCAUUCAUCAUUCCCGCACUCACGAUACAGAAUGCAAUCCGAGCACCCAACUUCUGAGGCAGACCACGUCAUCCAGCGCGGACGAGUGCUUGGAGGCCUCGAGCCCACGCGAGCGUUUGGGGAUGCCCGGUACAAAUGGAGCCGAGAUCUCCAGCAAGCUCUGACAUCCUCGCUCAUACCUGGUGGGGGAGGCUUCACCUCGAUCCGGGCGCCGCCCAGAGGUCUUCAGACACCGCCUUACGUCACUGCGAAGCCUGAAGUGACGUGGCGCAAAGCUAGCCAGAAUCAAGGCAACAAGAGACUGAAGUGGAUCGUUAUGGCGACAGACGGCUUGUGGGAUAUGCUCCCGACAGAGGAUGUUGGUGGGCUCGUGGCUGCGCACCUGGACGGCGCGAAGGGGCAGCUGACGGCUAGUGCGUUGCAGAACAGACUGAGUGCUGGAGGGUCAAAGAGUAUGGACAAUGCGACCCAUAGCGCUGCAGCUGCGUCAAAAGGAGACAAUGGACACCCGCUCAAUCGCACCAAAGAAGCGCAGUACGUCUUUGAGGACUCUAACCUGGCGACACAUCUCAUCAAGAAUGCGCUUGGAGGAGCUAACAGGGAUAGGGUAGCGGGCUUGCUCGCCAUUCCAGCACCCGACAGCCGUCGAUUCAGAGAUGAUAUCACAGUCAAGUGAGUCCUUUUGCGCAAGCGAGCGAGUUUUUUUGCGCUCCGUGCUGAUGCGCUUCUCUAACCGGCCACUCGAACCCUUGCUGCCGUUACGUGUAGCGUCAUCCUUUUCGACACGCCCAAACUCUGGCCCGGAGAACCUUCCGCUCAGACUGAUCUGCCGCCCCCAGCUUCGUCACACUCAUCGCAAGAACCCAGAGCUAAAUUGUGA